UAACAGAGACAUCUGAAAUUCUUUCAAAGAACUGACAGAGCAAAACAGUUACAUUUUCAAUUUCAGAUUAAAGUCUUCUCAAACUUGAUGCAAGAAGUAAUCUUUCAAACAGCUUCCAAGAUAAUGCAACAAACAUUUGAGCAUGCAUAGAAUUGCAUUCCUAAAUUCUAUGGGCAUAUGUUACAACCUUAUCUUAAAAUAAGACAUUGGCACUGGAAAAUGUUGGGUAGCUGCACAAAUGAUCCCUUGUAUUGCAAGUACCAGUUCAGUGUUCAGAUAGAAACAAAUUAGUAUAAGGUUUAGCAAGAAUUAAUACUAUAGAUUUUCUUUUUCCUUCCAAUGUAUCAGCAUAUUUUUCCAAUGAGGUAGAGUCCAGUUUAUUCUUUUUAGGACUUUGAUUUGUUAUACAUAUUUAAACUUCCGAUAAGAGUGAAACGCUCCAGAGAAAAACAUUUACAUAUAAAUAUAUGACGGCCUCACGAUUUACUUACCAGUCUUUUAAAACGAUUUUGAAUGUUGUCAGGAACAUUCUAAACAUUAUCUUUAACCCCAAAUCGCAAUGCUUAUCAGAACUUAAAUACAGAAUAGAAUUAUACAUACACGCACGCAUCCUCUUGGAUUGUUUUUAGGAAGUGUGUGCCCUUCUCUGUUGGAACACACACCUCCAGCUUCACUCUCCUCCCCACUUCUUUGAGUAUGUGGGCAACUUAACGUUUGGGGGAAAAAAACAAAACUAACCACACAGUAGUCCCAUAGCCGUCCCCUAAUCCUCUUAUUCUCUGCAGUCAGUUUAUAAUUUAUAUAGUUUGCCAGAUUCCCCCAAGGAGUUUUCUGCUGGAUCAAUGGUUUAAUAAUCUCAUUAAAAGGUUCAACAUUUCAAUAUAGACCAGUAGCAGCACCAGAGAGAUGGAGGGAUACGUACCUGGCAAUGGAAAGAAGGAAAGGAGAUAUGAAAUCUCCUUUUGGCAGCAGCAAAAUCCAGUUAUUUUGGCAGUUCAAGGGACCACAAACUAAUUAAAUCUGGUAAAGUCUGAAGGUCAGGUUAUAUAUCCUAUUUAUACACUACUGUAUGUAUCUCCUAUUCUCUGUUUUAAGAGCUAUUAGAUAUUAUGUAGUUUUGUGGCACGUUCUGAAAAAAGAGAAAGUAAAUUUAAAAGGACUGCUUGCUCUAAUAAAAUAGAUCUUUUAAUCAGUUUCUUGGCUGCAGCCUAUUAUUUUUAUGAUGCAAUUUAUAUAAAUUGCAUUAUGUGAAUGUUUUGCAUUCAACUAUAAAUUGCAGUACUGGCAAUUCUAGAAAAAUAUGCACAUGAUUCUGUGAGCGUAAUGGGGUGUUACCCUAGUCCAUACUUGGCCUUUGUGUGUGUUUGUCUUUUUUGCAACCUCACCCACAUUGCACUGUAUGAUCCUGCAAAUUUGAAGCUUUAGCAGUACAUUAGAAUCCAGAUCUUGGCUGCUGAAAAUAUGCCUCUGCAGGAUGAUUUGUCUGUUGCGGAGAAAACAAACAAAAACUCCUGGAUUUUAAUUCUGAAUUGAAUCAUGCUGGUUUGUGUCUUGGUGCCACAUGCUAUCUUAAUUGUGCUUGGCUGUGUACACAAAGCAAGCAAAGUUGCAUAUCUGUGAGACAGCCCAAGAGCAGAACAGCCUUUGGGUGGGGACCUUGCUGUUACAGCCUCGCAGGGAGGCAAACAAACAUCGCAGGGAACUGCCAUUUCAGAUUUUCUUGUAUGGACAGGACACAAAGAACUAGAGAAGCCAUUUAAGGCUCCAUGAAAAACAGAACGGUCUGCUUAUACAGUGCUGUUUUAGAAGAAUAGCCUCUGACACCAAGAAUAAAAGUUGUUGUCAGAAUAAUAUGCGAACAGAUCAUGAAGAACUCUGUGGCACCAGUUAUGGAUCUUUUUGUCUAAAUGGAGGGAUUUGUUAUAUGAUUCCUACUGUAUCCAGUCCAUUCUGCAGGUGUGUUGAGAAUUACACAGGAGCCCGUUGUGAAGAAGUUCUGCUACCCAGCAUUAAAUCCCAAACAAAAGGUGACCUGUUUGCAGUUUUCUUGGCUUCCAUUGUUCUUCUAGGCGUUCUUGCAGUUGGAGCAUUCUACUUCCUUUGCAGGAAAGCUUCCGUUCCACGGAGGAGUUCGUCAGAGUGCAGUGCCAACCUCGUUGAGACUACAAGCAGCAAUGGCUGCAACAAGAUAAUAAUAGAGUAAAGCAAUAAAGCAGAGGAACGAUGGGAGAACAACAUGCAGAGCAACCAUAAUUAUAUAACUGGUGUAGAGGAGGGUAUGGUAAGCAUGAUGAGAGAAGAAAGUAGACUAAAAUAGAUGGCUUACUGAUGUGCUGGAGAAGGAAGACUGCAACUAAAACAUAAAGAAAAACGGUUGCAUUUAUGAGAGUUUUUUUGAAUUUUUAAACAUAUGUUUGAAUUUUGUGAGAUUUUUCCUUGACAAGUGUAUUUUUUUUGAUUCUGUUUUUUUGAUUCCUUUUUCAACAAUGCACAGGUAGAAAUGUGAGAUAAUUUUGGUUUUUUACUGCAUGGGAAAUAUGAAAUAAUCAUUUUUUUCACUG